GGAGAAGUACAUUAUAAACGGAAAACUUCAAAAUAUACAAGUUGUAGUCAUAGAGACGGCCUAUCACGGAACACUGUGGUGAAUAUUUUAUGAAAAACGACACCCUGGAAUCGUCGGAAAAUAAGUACACUGACGAUUUAGGGCGCUUGGAAUACAGAAAAGCACGUACACGAACAAGAAAUCAAAGCAACACACCGGCAUCGUGGGAGUCUUUAUUUCAGUACUUUUCUCGAGGUGACUUUGGUAACCACAGUCUAGUACGUAAAAAUGCAGUGGCAAGAAUAAUAUACGUUUAGAAACACUGAGUCACGUUUUCUUUCAAAUUUGGCAGUCAAAGGACGGAUUUUCGCGCCAUCUGAUCGAGAGCAAGAGAAAUCGAGCGAUUAUACAGCGGACAUGGUGUCAGAAGUAUACGCAGAAGACAAGCGUUCUCAGGUGGCCAUUGCCAUACAGGCAUCUUUCUUGCUAGUCAUCAUGCUUUCAUCUCUUUUAGGAAACACACUGAUCCUUCUCGCCAUCUACAGAAACCACAGUCUUCGUAGUAUCACCAGCGUGUUUAUCGCUAAUCUUGCGGUGGCAGAUUUCCUGCUUGCACUCCUUGGAAUGCCAUUCACUAUGGCAUCUUCUAUAACCUACCACUGGGUGUUUGGAGAUAUUUGGUGUAAGAUCAACGGGAUGUUGAACUCGAUAUUCUGCAUUGCGUCCAUGCUGUCGCUAGCAGCUGUAUCAAUUGACAGAUACGUUGCAAUUAUCAAGCCACUCCAGUACCCACUCAUCAUGACCUCGCGAAUCGCUUUGGGUAUGAUAACCUACGUCUGGAUGCACGCCAUCACUUGCGCUUUUCUCCCCAUCUUCGGCUGGUCCAGCUACACCUACAUAUACAACGAGUCAAUCUGCACGGCAAACUGGGGAGAAAACAUCCCCUACACCAUGUUCAUCUUCGCUUUCAGCUUCUUCGCCCCGCUGAUGGUCAUGACCUUCUGCUACUUCCAUAUACUUCGUGCGGCGAGGAAACAGAGUAAAAAGAUAUCACCGCGGGUGGGCGAACUAAAAGAACAGACGUUACAAACGAUGGUGGCCGUCCCGGUGGCUUUCGGUAACGAGAAAGGCACACAAGCGGUUGAAGAUCCACCGACGGCAAAGGAAAAAGCGAAAGAAAGAGAAGCUAAGGAGAAGUUUAGGAGAGAAACAAGGGCGGCGAAGACGCUUCUCAUCGUUAUGGGGACAUUUAUGUUUUGUUGGGCACCUCACUUUAUUGGAAUGACCUGUUUACUUUUUGAAAAAUGCAGAAACUCUUGGCCGGACGAGUACUUUGCUACUACCACAUGGCUGGCCAUGUUGAAUAGUGGGUGUAAUCCCAUAAUUUAUGGAGUAAUGAAUAAGAAAUUCCGGCAGAGUUUUAAGGAUAUAGUCAUGUGUACCAAGAGAACUAACAGAAGGUACAGCCAACGCGAACUAAGUUCUGUUUCAUAACACGGAGCAACGGCGUACUAAAACGAACGCAGAAUUACGCUUUCAAAAGCACGUGGACAUCUCUAACCAUGAAAAAACAUGCAGUCGUCUUUAAAUUUGAAUUAAGAUUCAAAGAAAAGAAGAAAUUUAAUAAGACGAACAAAUGAAAGAAACUAAUUACCAAAUUAUUUCUGAUUAAAAAUCAGCUUACUCUUGAAAGAUAUUUGAAUUGUGCCAUACCGGAGGUUGGAGAAAGUAAGACGAUAACUUCCACUUUGGGAAAAUUAUCUUCAAAUAAGAUGGAGAAGAUACGGCUAAUCAUUAUAGAAUAGGUGGCUUUAUUGAUGGCCCAGCUAUAAAUGUGAUAUCUUUAUUUCU